UCGCCCUCCCCUCCUCCUCCUCCGCCCACCGCAGCAACCCCAGGUCCCCGCGCCGCAGCAUUCAUCCAACUAUACCACUCUGCGCUCUCGAACACGCUGCGCAGUAUCAGCUACGAGACAUUCAGCGCCUGUUUCCCAUCGAUCGCGGCGCGCGCCGGCCCGGCGCUCUCACACAUGCACUCGGCGUUCGUGGCGCGGCUGUCGUCGUUCGCGAUCGAGGAGUUUGAGGCCAUUCUCCGCGAGCGGGAUGUGGUGCGCGGCUUGAACCGUCUGGAGGAUGUGAUUGGGGAGGCGAGGAGAAGGAAGAGGGAUGCGGAGGAGAAAGGGGAGGGGAGAGGGGGAGAGGAGGAGAUUCCGCCGCAUAUGCUGCCGGCGGAGAGAGUUAGAGAUGCGCAUUUGAAACAGGUGUUGGCGGCGCAGCAGGGACAGCUGAAUGCGAAGUUGCAGAAUGCGCAGAUUCUGAAUGAGGGCUUGGUGGAGAAGUUGAAGGAGCAGAGGAAGGAGAUUGAGGGGUUGGUGGGGCUGCUGGAGGGAGUAGUUAGGGAUUUGGAG